UAAAUUAUUUCGAAAUGCCGCGAGUUCCUCCGAGAAACUUCCGACCCGACUCUCGGAAACCGGUUAUCGGCAGUCGCCGCCGAAACGCGUCAGCUCCCGCGAUAUCGGCUUUCUUCUUCCUCAGAAAAUAAUAUCUCUCCUCUCUUACGGCCCCCCUCCUUCUGAAGGCUCCCACGUAACGCCUGCCGCCUGCCGCCUGCCGCCUGCCGUGCGCCAUCUCUCUCUAACCUACGAUUUCGGAAUCUGCUCAUCCAACCCUGUUCUAUGUUUCUUCGGUGACAAUCGGCCGUCACCUAUCGUUUGCAAUUUUCUCCGCUUCGGAUUUGUGGGGUUUUCGGCUUUCUAGGGUUUCAGGUUCGCGGGAUCUGGCGCUUGUUUGGGUUGGGGCGGUGAGAGAAUCGUUGUAUUUGGAAGCACCAUUCGUUGGUAUCUUCAACGGCGAUUCUUGAUAUCUUCGUACAGGAAAGGAAAUUUUUAAUCGUUAUCUUCCUUAGGUGAUAUUUAGGGUUGUAUCUUUGUUGUUUGGAGAAACUUCAGGCCCAUGAAUUGACUUCUUGAAGUGUACAGGCCAUCAUACCUGAUCGUCACAGAAACGAAGCAUCUCUAUGAUUUCGAUUGAUUGAUUGGUCUUUAAUCCUGCUAUUUACGGUUUGCGUCCCGUGUAGGCCUGUUGUUAUGACGAUAUACUAUUUUAAAUUGUUUAACUGAUCUUUUUCUUUUUUAGAAUUAGAGUGAUUUCUUGGGUGUUUCCUUUUUGUCAUAUUAGAUCUCAUCGUUUCUAGGAUUUUAGUGCUUAUCUCUGGGGUUGUCGGAAGUGUUCCUAGCGUCUUUCUGUAGACUUUUUUUAAUCUUCUAGGGUUUUAAGAUGGGGAGUUCGGAGUCUGGGAGCACGGUGGCGCAUGGCCUUAAGCAGUAUGGCGUGACGAAGCCUAUCUCAGUCGCAGGGCCAACGGAGACAGAUCUUCAGAGAUCUGCGGAGUUGGAAAAGUUCUUAGUUGAGGCUGGACUUUAUGAGAGCAAAGAAGAAGCUGCACGGAGGGAGGAGGUUCUAGGACAGUUAGAUCUGAUUGUAAAGAACUGGGUGAAGCAGUUAACAAGUCAGCGAGGAUAUACCGAUCAAAUGGUUGAGGACGCAAAUGCCGUCUUAUUUACAUUUGGUUCUUAUCGGUUAGGGGUUAAUGGACCAGGAUCUGAUAUUGAUACACUUUGCAUUGGUCCUUCAUAUGUGAAUCGAGAGGAGGACUUCUUCAUCAUUUUGCAUGAAAUUUUGUCUGAAAGGGAAGAAGUUACUGAACUUCAGCCUGUUCCGGAUGCUCAUGUCCCUGUAAUGAAGUUCAAGUUUAAUGGGAUAUCUAUUGACCUUUUAUAUGCAAGUGUAUCCCUUCUCGUAGUUCCAGAGGAUUUGGACAUUUCUCAUGGUUCUGUGCUAUAUAAUGUUGAUGAACCAACGGUUCGAAGCCUCAAUGGCUGCAGAGUAGCUGAUCAGAUUCUCAGGCUUGUUCCCAAUGUUGAGAAUUUUCGAACAACUCUCAGAUGCUUAAAGCUUUGGGCUAAGAGGCGUGGUGUAUAUUCAAAUGUUACCGGAUUUCUAGGGGGUGUUAAUUGGGCUUUAUUAGUAGCUCGUGUUUGCCAGUUGUAUCCAAAUGCUGUAUCUAGUAUGUUAGUGUCUCGUUUCUUUAGAGUAUAUACUCAAUGGCGCUGGCCAAAUCCUGUCAUGCUGUGUGCCAUUGAGGAGGAUGAACUUGGUUUUCCUGUUUGGGACCCACGUAAGAACCCGAGGGACAGAACUCAUCAGAUGCCUAUAAUUACGCCUGCGUAUCCGUGCAUGAACUCUAGCUACAAUGUGUCAACCAGCACCCUUCGUGUCAUGAUUGAGCAGUUCCAGUUUGGUAACAGAAUCUGUGAGGAGAUUGAGCUGAACAAGGCUAUUUGGAAUGCAUUAUUUGAACCGUACCUUUUUUUUGAUUCAUAUAAGAAUUAUCUUCAGGUUGAUAUCGUUGCCACAGAUUCAGAUGACCUGCGUAUAUGGAAGGGUUGGGUGGAAUCUCGAUUGAGGCAGUUGACUCUCAAGAUUGAGCGGGACACUUGUGGGAUGCUACAAUGUCACCCUUAUCCUAAUGAGUAUGUUGACAGUUCUAAGCGGUGCAGUCACUGUGCAUUUUUCAUGGGAUUACAAAGGAAACAAGGGGUUCGGAUUCAAGAAGGUCAACAAUUUGAUAUUCGCGGAACGGUGGAUGAAUUUAAGCAUUCUGUCAACAUGUACAUGUUCUGGAAACCUGGCAUGGAAAUUAAUGUUUCCCAUGUUAGAAGGAAGCAGAUUCCUUCAUUUGUUUUUCCGGAAGGCUACAAGCGACCUCGUCCUUCUAAACCAACUAAUCUUCAAAAUCCAGAGAAAGUUAAUGGUGGAGAGGAUGAACGUGAUGGCGGAUCUUCAGAGAGAAGUCUUAAGAGGAAAAUGAGUGUUGAAGAGGAUGAUGGGAGAUCAAGUCCUGAAAAACUUGCAUCGCUCAGCCCUAAUAAGAGGAAGUCGCCUUCGCCCGAACAAUCUGUUGGCAGUAGAGGAUGCUUGAAAACUCCAUGUGGAGUUAAUGGUGGUGCAUCAUGCUCUGCUUCUCCUAACCCGGGUUGCUGCACCCCAAUGGCUCUCUCUGUGGAUGGUUCUUGUGACAGGUCUUCAUCCAUUGUAAAACUGAUGGAAUCACCAGAGGCUCAAUCUGGACAAUCUGAAGAACGGGCAAAGAGCUUAAAGUAUUCUGGUGUUGUGGAUGGAAAUGUGUCCAGUUCUAAUGAUGUGGCAGAUGCUAUUCUGCAACCUGCCGAAUGUGACUGCAGUGGUGCUGCUGAAAGUGGAAGGCAUAAAUCAGAGCAUUCCGGUACUUCAAAAUGGCUCAGUGGAUGAACAUGAG